AUGAAGUUUAAGCUUAUAGAAGACGAAGUCGCCCCAAGCCACGCUGAAGCGGCAGGAUCUGCACACAGCGAGGACGAAAUAGACUCGACCGAAUUUUUCGGGCUGGAUGCAAAGACUGACUUUUCAUCAUCUGAGGAAGAGGAUGCGUGGGAGGACUCAAAUGAAAAUGCGGAGAGCGAGGUCCAUUGGACGGUUGAGAAGAUAGAGAAAAGGGCAGCAACUGUGCGAAAGCCGUCUGCACUCUCCAAGAAUGUGCUAAAGUACGCCGUAUCCCCUGUCCUGACGAUCAAGAAACCAAUAGAGAAAGUGCACGUGACGGAGGAAGAGAUAUACAUACUGGACAGAACAGGGCAUAUGCAUCUAUAUGGGGGCGCCGGAGAAGAGGAGGGCGAGAAAAAGCUUCGAAAAGUGGAAAUAUCCCGUGGGAAAAAAGAAAAACAUUUUAAAGACUUCAUUCUUCUGAAAGGGCACACUGUCGUGGCGCUUACAAAGGCCUUCCACUCGUUCAGCAUUAUAAAUAUGGAGAGGGGCACUGUGCAGGAGGUGAACUUGUACCAGUACAAGGACAGGGCGUAUACUAGGCUAAGAAACGUGGAGGGCGGAUUUGCUCUGCUGGCCUGCCAGUCCAUGCUUGUGUACAACUGCAACGCACUUCUUGUGGACAGGAUCGAGUUUUCGGAGAACAUUGUGGACAUCGCCGAGGAAGAGGACUCUUUCCUGGUUCUUCUGGAGAGUGCACUUGUGCGGUACUGCAAGAGAAUGAAGGCAAUCACCGCGCGGUCGGAGGUGCUGAUUUCUCCGGCGGUGCUGUGCGUGUUCCGAGAGUGUGCAGCCGUGGGCGGAAAAGGAGGCGUCACAAUAUUUAGCAAGAGCUCACUGGAGGCUGAAAAGGAACUGGCCAAUCUGGACAGCGUCACAGGGAUAGAGUACAUGGAGGACAUGGACAUUUUGGUCUUUGGCGACAAGGAAAGGCCGAACGGCAUCAGGAUGUUCAACGUGAAGGACCAGAAAAUGAUCACCACAUUCCCCCCGGGAAAGGGCCUGGGCUAUGUCAGAGGCUUUGCUGCUGCCGGGAAGUCUUUGUACUUCGGGGUCGACUCGAGAAUGCACGUUCUGAGGGUUUCAGAGUAG